GCGCUCUCUGAUGAUGUCAUUAGAGGUGCAGCGUGGGACAGACAUGGCAGCCUCCAUAUCACAGCAGCUCGAGGAUUUGUUAAAUCCUUUACCAAGUUUCGUGGAUCCCGAGGACGACCAAGAUGAAGAGACGAAAGCCAAAGUCAUAGAGAAGUUUGAUGAAGGUGGGGAUGAAGAUGAUGAUGGCAAACUUUUAUCUGGCAAUCUGCGGAGGCGCUCCGUUGCCAUUCUGGCUGACGGUGAUCGUCGAUAUUGUGGCAAGGCAACAUCCAGAAAAGAUCUACAGAAAGAGUUGGAUGGAUCAGCUGAUGAUGAUGAUGAAGAAGAAGAAGAUGAUGAUGAUGAUGAUGAAACUGGAAUGCUGGAAAAGUACAUGGAGUGCAUCAGAGAUGAUGAGGAGGAUGAAGAUGGUGACCAUGAUGAAGAAGAUCACGCCGAUGUCGAGGAGGAUGUCAAUGGAGACGAUAGUUCACAGAUGUCCAGCUUGGUCUCUAAAAUGAAGGGCACAGACUUUAUGAAACUCACAGAGGGAAUGGAUGAUCUGGGAGACAGUGAGGAAGAAGAGGACUCAACAGCCAGUGAAGGAGAGAGUGAGGUAGGCUCUGAGGAAGGUGAAGAAGAGGAAUCAGCCUUAAGGACCUUCUCUAAAGAGAAAAUUAAUGAAGAGGUGGAGAAAGGGAAGGCAGUGAAAAAUCAACUCGCUCUUUGGGACCUGAUGCUUGAAAGGCGAAUCAAAAUGCAGAAGGCUCUUGUGACAGCCAAUCAGCUUCCACAGCCACAGACAUUCCCAGAGUUCAAGAGCAGGGGAGGGGCUGAAUACGCUGAAGCUUUAAAAAAUACUGUGGGGGAGGACAGCCUCUCCCCUGGGACAGAGGACCGCUACACCGAGGGGCAGGAGGGGGAGCCUGAGAAAGGACAACUGGAGGAAGAAUGGAAUUAUUAA